AUGACGGGAGGGCCAAGAGGGCCUGGUGUGGAUCUGGCAGGGAAUGAAGCAGCUGAAGAGCAGUGCUGUGAGUGCGUAACCCUUGAAAGCCAGACGAGCUGCGAAGGUAGCACUGCAACAUUCACUGCUGCCAUCAACCGACCAGAGGAGGACCCAGUCGUCCAAUUGGAAUGCGUGGGAUGGAUGGAGCCACCGCUGCUCUUAAAGCAGAGCCAGGCUGGCAUCCAAACGCCUCAGAUCGGCUCAAGCCCGAUUUCUGAGAGUCGCACUCCACCAGGCAGCAGUGGUAGUGGCUACCCAAUGCGCUCGAGGGAAGCCAGUCCAUGGGAUGCAGCUGAUGCGGAGGGAGUGGAAAAUGCCCCUGAAGAGCGGCGGCAAGAGGGUGAUCCAUCACCAAAAAGUACUUUGGUGGUCUCACCUCCCCUGCAGCUGAAGUCCUUGGAAGUGGAAGGCACCUUUUCUGCCAAGAAUGGGACUGGGCCGGAGGACUACUUUAUUGGGACCCCGCCAGUGUCAGCUGAGUUGCGGCCAUUUCUUGAUGGAAAGGGCGUGAAGGAGGUCAGCCAAUCUGAUAGUCUGAGCAAUACAGGCUCCAGUUUCGCGGGAGAUCGACGCACAGAUCGCCCGCCGAUGACCGAUUGGCUCUCCAGCCCUCGGGAUGCCUUGCCACCACGGCAGCAGCCAAGGGCGAGACCGGACAUGACUUCGACUGUGGAUCCGCCUACAGCGCAAAGAUCUGUCAGUGGCGCGGACGGCCGGCGGCAAGGCUCCGCUGGCAUCCAGCGCCCGAGACGUCGGCCUGGGGAAGAGCCUCAGGUCAAGGCCAAGACCCCGACCCCCAGCCGCACGCCCUCAGCUGCGGCUCUUCGUGCAGGGCGAAAGGUCAGCCGCAGUCCUGAGCGAGGGCGAGGGGAGGCGCCUCCUCUCCGUCCUUCCAGAAGCUUCGCAGGUCACAAAGCUGUGGAAGCUACACAACAGGAGCCCACCCAGGCUCCCACCUCCGGUGUGACUGGAGGCGCAUUGUGGAAGAGGCCCGGCGCAUUGUGCCUGCUGCUGCUAACAAGAGCAUUUGGCAUUGCUUUGCAUUUUCAUUUGUAUAGAUGUGGACCAUGA